ACCCGUGGGAGGAGCUACAGGGGGGGCCCCGCCAAUAGGAGGAGUCCCUUCGGGAAGUGGGUGGGCCCAAGCGACGGCAGGAGCCAAUGGGGAAAGCGGGCAGGUUUUUGGGGGUGGGCGGAGCCACCGCGGGGAUGCGACCAAUGGGAGGCGGCGGCGGGCCGAGUGGGCGGGCAGAAGCGCCUGCGGGAGCCAAUCAGAGCGGCGUUAAGGAGCGGGACGUGAACGAGGCGGCGCUGUGGGCGGAGCUGGAGGCGGAGCUUCGGAGGAGUCCCGCAGGCUCCGCCCCUUCCGCUUUGUGGGCUUUGGUGGCGCUGCCCGCGGCUCCCGACCGGAAGUGCCGCCAUGUUGACGGCGCCGCCCUGCUGCGGGGGGGCGGCACGGGGGGCCCUCCGGCAGUGGGUCGCACGCUGCGGGUGCUGGAGAAAUGCGGCAGGAAUUUGUUGCACUUGCGGCCCCCCCCCCGCCUGGCAGCGCCUGCGUUUCCCCAGCCCGGCCCUGCGCCCCGACCCGCCCGUCAUCCAGGUGCUGUCCCAGCUGGGUUACACGCAGGGGGGGCCCCAAGGGCGCAGUUUCCCCCCCGGCGCCCAGCCGGACCCACGGCGCGUGGCGGCCGUCACUGCGGAGCUGCUGCUGCUCAGAACGGAGCUGGAGCUGCUGCUGGCUAACAAACACCCCAACCCCCACCUCAUCACCGACGUCCUGCAGGGAACCCGCGAGGAGCCCAAGGAGCUGCUGGAGUCGGAUGCGGACAGAGAGGAAGGAGCAGCCCCACAAGUGACCCCCAGCUCGGGGGGGGAAAGCCCCACAUCGUCGUGCUCCGCGUGGCGCUGGCCCUGCACGUCCUGCACGUUCCUCAACGUGGGUCCCGCUGUGCUCUGCGCCGUCUGCGAGCGCCCGCGCCUGGCCCCAAAGCCGCCCCCAGCCCCACAGAACGGAGCCCCGCAGCGCCAUAUCGCGACAUACGGGGACGUAUCGCGACACGGGGAUCCGUCAGGACCUGGGGACGCAUCACGACGGGAGGACGCGCUGCAAUACGAUGAUAUAUCGCGACAUUUUGGGUCAAUGUCACGACAUCACGCCUCGUCACGACAUGAAGAACCAUCAGAACGAGGGAAUGUCUUACAAUUUGGGGAUAUAUUGCGACUCGAGGGGCUGUCACGACACGAGGAGCCAUCGGGACGCGAGAACCUAUCGCGAUAUGGGGAUCUAUCGCGAUAUGAGGACGCGGAGCGGCGGCGCCAGGAGAGGCUGCGCAGAGAUGGGAUGAAAACGGUGCAGCUGCUGCGGGAGGCGGAGUCGCAGUCCGUCCCGGUGGAGGCGGUGCUUCGCCUGGCUCAGGCGGCUGGGGGCGGAGCCAAAGGGGCGGUGCUUCGAGCCAGGGCGGCGCUGGGGGCGGAGCUGCGCCUUUUGAUGACGUCAUCAGGGAGCGACGCUUCCGGCCCCGCCCUGAAAGAAGCCGCCGUCGCCUGGAUCAGGGCGCAGGGAAAUCCUGCCCUCGCGUUGCAAGGCAUGAUGGGAGAGAGGAAAAGGAAGCUCCGCGCUCUGCUCUCCCUCGGUUUCCCCCGCUCGGUCGCUGAGCCCGCCUUGCAUCACGUGGGUUGGUCCCUGCGCCGGGCCUUACCGGAAGUGCAGCGCCGGAAGCUCCGCCCCUUCCUGUCCCGCCUUUGGGAGCUCGAGGAACCGCCGCUGGAUUUCGGCUGCGGCGACCAGCAGGCUCUGGCCCGCAGAGCCCUGGCCACGCUGUCGCUGCCCAGCUGGGGCCGCGCGCUGCUGUUGGUGGCCAUGGGCAGGGAGUUGGGGUUGAGCCCCGGGUCGGCGGCGUCCCCUGGGCUGAAGGCUUUGGUGGAAGCCGUGCGGAGCUGCGCGGAUCGGGCCCAGAUCCGACGGAGGCUGCGAUGCGACUGCGCCGUGUGCGGCUGGGCGCUGCCCAGGGAGCAGAUGAGGUGGUUGACGGGCUGCGAGUGCGCUCUGUGCCCCGAGUGCUUCAGGCAGCACUUCACCAUCGGGGUGAAGGAGAAGGCCGUGGCCGACCUGGUUUGCCCGGCCUGCGGGCGGCCCGACCUGCGCGACGAGGCGGCGCGGCUCUGCUACUUCUCCACGUUGGACGUGCAGCUGCGCCAGGAGUUGGACCCCCAGACCUAUCAGCUGUUCACACAGAAGCUGACGGAGCGCGAGCUGCUGAGGGACCCCCAGUUCCUGUGGUGCCCCCAGUGCUCCUUCGGGUUCAUCUUCGAGGCGGAGCGCGGCCCGGCCCAGUGCCCCCAGUGCCAGCAGAGCUGCUGCCCGCGCUGCCUGCGGCCCUGGCACCCUGAGCACGGCGCUCUGUCCUGCGCUGAGUUCGCGCUGUGGCUGCGGGAGCGCGACCCACAAGUGGAGCCUGUGGGGCUGGAGGCCUUCCUGAGCGAGCACGGCAUUGCCUGCCCACACUGCUCCCAAUGGUUCGCCCUGGCCCGCGGCGGCUGCCUGCACUUCCAGUGCUCCCAGUGCUGCCACCAGUUCUGUGGGGGCUGCGGGGCCGCCUUCCAUCCCAGGGAGCGCUGCCCGUUGCCGCGCUGCGCCCUGCGGCCCUCCCUGCACGCCCACCACCCGCGGCACUGCGCCUUCCAUCUGCGGGACUGGGAGCCGCGCCGCCUGCAGCGCCUCCUGCAGGUGGGCGGAGUCCCGUAUGACACCCAACCCCCAUCCGGAGCCCAGCCCCCACCCGGAGGUGGCUGCUGGUUGCAAGAGCUGAAGGAGACCCCCGGGGCCCCCCCUCGCGAUGCUGCCUGUGGGAGACCCACAGCUGUGGGGCAGGCUGGGCUGUGCCGCGCUCACUACGCCGAAUACCUGGUGCGGCUGAUCAACGAGCGCGGUUUGGAUCCGGCGGCGCUUUACGGAGCGGCCGAACUUCGAGCGGCGGCUGAGCGCCACCUGCCGGCCGGGAGGCCGCCGCAAGGCGACAACGAGAACGACGCGGAGUACGCAGCGCGCCUGCGCGAACUGCUAGCGCGGGAAGCGCCCGUGGAGCCCCGCCCAUCGCGGCCGAGCCCCGCCCCUUAAGAAAAUCAUUUAAAUAAAGUGCGCAUGCGCUUUGA